AUGUUCAAGUCCAAGCGCUUCACGGCCAUCACAGCUGGUGACGUCAGCAAAACGACGCGCGAGUCCCAGAAGAAUGUCCCCGCACAGAGGGUCGACCAGAAGGGAAAGUUGUUGUUUGACCCCAACAAGUACAAACUGACCUCAAAGCGGUGUUUUGAGUCAGAAGAUCCUUCAGAAUUGUCGCAGACGGGGGUCGGUAAAGAUGUGGGUAACCUUGCCUUCCUGGAGAACUUCCCGACGCUCAAACUGCUGGAGGAGGCGGAGGGCAACGUCUAUUUGGCUUAUUUCAGAACUGGCAAAGUUGUCACUGCAAGCACAAAAUUCUCCGUUUUCGUUUACGUCGUCAAAUACGGCAGCUGUCGGGCCCUUGUAGAGCUCUCACCUCCUGGGUACAAGAAGCGACUGGGGAGCGAAACAAAGGAGGACGAGUCCAAACCCCUGCCGCCGAGCACAGUACCGAAGUCAGUGGGCUGUGUGGUGAGGCCCUCCCUGAAGACUCAAGUGGUACAGCUUCCAGGCCGCUUGUCUUCCCUCAACAUCCCCCUUGGCCUCUCGAUGGAGCGCGCCCAUCAGCUGGUGACAGAGAUCGUGGACAAGCCAACACGCUCCCCCUCCAUCGCUCUGGACCGCUCCUUCAAAGCGGAAGCAGAUAUGUACAGACGACGGUCCAUGAAUAUGACACGGCGGGGAUCUACGGCCCUUCAAAAUCAAAAAAGGAAUUCCGGCGACAAAGGCGAAAGAGGCAGUAUUCAGGUGAGGGCAAAAACCAUACUAUGGUGA